AGGAUGCUGGUGGUGGAGGUGGCGAAUGGCCGCUCCCUGGUGUGGGGGGCCGAGGCGGUGCAGGCUCUGCGGGAGCGCCUGGGCGUGGGGGGCCGCACCGUGGGCGCCCUGCCCCGCGGGCCCCGCCAGAACUCACGCCUGGGCCUUCCGCUGCUGCUGAUGCCGGAGGAGGCACGGCUGCUGGCCGAGAUCGGCGCUGUGACCCUGGUCAGCGCCCCGCGCCCGGACCCCCGCAACCACGGCCUGACUCUGGCAUCAUUCACGCGCCAGCAAGAGCGAGGUUUCGAGGAGCAAAGCGCCUUGGCGGCUGAGGCCCGCCAGAGCCGGCGGCAGAUGCUGCAGGGGAAGAUCGCUGAGGGCCAGGCUGCAAAAAAGCAGAAGCUGGAACAAGAUUCCGGGGCCAGUGGGAGCCAGGAGGCCGCCGGGAGCCAAGCGUCCGGAGAGAAGGAGGCCAGUGCCGGCCAGGCUUCCGUAGAGAACGAGGAAGCAGCCCCCUCCUCUUCCCAACCAGGGUCUUCGGAUGGGGGCACCCCCUUGCCCAGGUCUGCUCUUCUUGUCCAGGUCGCCACUGCCAGGCCGCGGCCCGUCAAGGCUAAGCCCCUGGACUGGCGUGUGCAGUCCAAAGACUGGCCCCACGCCGGCCGGCCGGCCCACGAGCUGCGUUACAGCAUCUACAGGGACCUGUGGGAGCGAGGCUUCUUCCUCAGCGCCGCCGGCAAGUUCGGAGGCGACUUCCUGGUGUAUCCUGGUGACCCGCUACGUUUCCACGCCCACUACAUCGCUCAGUGCUGGGCUGCUGCGGACCCAAUCCCACUGCAGGACCUGGUUUCUGCCGGCCGCCUGGGAACCAGCGUCAGAAAGACGCUGCUCCUGUGCUCCCCGCAGCCCGACGGUAAGGUGGCGUACACCUCCUUGCAGUGGGCCAGCCUGCAGUGA